GGUGCGCUCCGUCACGAGGAAGCGCAUCAACAUUCACCUGCUCGGCUCCGCACGCGACACUCACCUGCUCAGAAAUGGAAGACGAUAUUGCUGCCCUGGUUGUCGACAAUGGCUCCGGCAUGUGCAAAGCCGGUUUUGCCGGUGACGACGCCCCCCGAGCCGUCUUCCCCUCCAUCGUGGGUCGCCCCAGACAUCAGGGUGUGAUGGUGGGCAUGGGACAGAAGGACAGCUACGUGGGGGACGAAGCCCAGAGCAAGAGAGGCAUCCUGACCCUCAAGUACCCCAUCGAGCACGGCAUCGUCACCAACUGGGACGACAUGGAGAAGAUCUGGCAUCACACCUUCUACAACGAGCUCCGUGUUGCACCUGAGGAGCAUCCUGUCCUUCUGACCGAAGCUCCACUCAACCCCAAAGCCAACAGGGAGAAGAUGACACAGAUCAUGUUUGAGACCUUCAACUGUCCCGCCAUGUACGUGGCCAUCCAGGCCGUCCUGUCCCUGUACGCCUCCGGUCGCACCACAGGUAUUGUGAUGGACUCCGGUGACGGCGUCAGCCACACUGUGCCCAUCUACGAGGGUUACGCCCUUCCUCACGCCAUCCUCCGUCUGGAUCUGGCUGGCAGAGAUCUGACUGACUAUCUGAUGAAGAUCCUCACAGAGAGAGGCUACAGCUUCACCACCACGGCUGAGCGUGAGAUUGUGCGAGACAUCAAGGAGAAGCUGUGCUACGUGGCGCUGGACUUUGAGCAGGAGAUGCAGACGGCCUCCUCCUCUUCCUCCCUGGAGAAGAGCUAUGAGCUUCCUGACGGACAGGUCAUCACCAUCGGCAACGAGAGGUUCCGCUGCCCCGAGGCGCUGUUCCAGCCCUCGUUCCUUGGAAUGGAGUCUGCUGGCAUCCACGAGACGACCUACAACAGCAUCAUGAAGUGUGACGUGGACAUCCGUAAGGACCUGUACGCCAACACCGUGCUGUCCGGUGGCACCACCAUGUACCCCGGCAUCGCCGACCGAAUGCAGAAGGAGAUCACCGCCCUGGCCCCGCCCACCAUGAAGAUCAAGAUCGUCGCUCCCCCAGAGAGGAAGUACUCCGUCUGGAUCGGCGGCUCCAUCCUGGCCUCCCUCUCCACCUUCCAGCAGAUGUGGAUCAGCAAGCAGGAGUACGACGAGUCCGGCCCCUCCAUCGUGCACCGCAAGUGCUUCUAGAGAAGCUCCCCUUCCCCAGCGGGGGACUUGGACCUGCUUCACCAUGGUUCCGGUCUCUGGUUCUUCUUGUGAACAGACUUGAAGCUACCAAAUGCCACACGGAUGAUGAUGACUCGACCUCCUGGUUUACGUUUAACGUGUCUGAACCUCACACCAACCAUUUCUGACCAUGCGCCUCCAACUCUGCUCUCAGCUUCUCACCUUCUGGUGAUACAAACAGUAUUAUCACUGAACGUCUCUUUCUACCUCUACAAUGCAAUGAAUUGUGCUUUUGUCUUCUAAACAGUUUCUGUCAGUGUUGAGCUGUAUAAAUGUUCACUGAAAUAAAAUGCAGCCGACAACCAAA